UAUUACAAAAUUAUUGAAAAUGUCUGACGAUGAGGAUAACAUAAGUUUUGGAACCCAAUCAAUCCCUGAUGGGGACGCUGACAUUGAGGCAGAAGGAGAAGGCGAAGGCGAGAAAGAGGACAAAGAGAUAUCUCUAUUGAGCCAAGAUGAUUAUUAUGAUAUUAAUGAGGAUAAGAGAAGAAUCCCUGAUUCGGAGAGAACUACUCAGCCUACCCUUACCAAAUUUGAGAAAGCAAGAGUUUUAGGAGCUAGAGCACUCCAGAUUAGUAAAAAUGCUCCAAUCUUUGUCGAUCCAGGAGACGAAAUAGAUGAAUAUAAAAUAGCAGAAAUGGAGCUUAUUAAAAAGAAAAUGCCUCUGAUUAUCCGAAGGUUCAUGCCAGAUGGCACAUUUGAGGAUUGGAAAGUUAACGAGCUUGAUAUUUAG